AUGACCACCGCCAGUGAUCCCGCGGCUGUCGAGGUCAUGCCCGAGAUCCAUGCCACGCAGCAACCCAUCGCCAGCAGCCGCAAAGUGACGGUCCGUAUCGGCGACAACGGUCCUCGCUCGACACAAUCAAGCAUCCGCAUCUCCCACGGCAGCAAGAAAGACGCUCUGUCCAUCCAGUUGAACCGUACGAUCCGCGUGCCCGACAACAGGGACACCAACAGCCUUCCCCCCGGCCUCGGAUCCUUUCCCCUGUUCAAGGUCCAAGACUAUGCGCACAACAUGCCCCCGGAUAUGGCCAAGAAGGGCGGCAUCUUCUUCCCAAUGUACCAGCGCGAGGCCAUGUGGGUCAACUUCUCGGCGCAAGCCCCGUUCGCCAUCAAGAUCUACGUCGGCGGUGUCAAUGCCGUUUCAGGGCUGCCCAUGACGGAGAACGACAAGACGCUGGAGAAGCGCUUGCGGAUGCUCAACAGCGGCAAGCAGAUCCAGGACUACAUGGUGGUGCCUGACCAGAACUGGCUGGACGGCAUCGUCUCAGAGGACGGCAAGAUUCGGCAAUUCGUCGCGCAGCCCAAGGGGUCGGGAUUCUCGGUGGAGGCCCAGGUCACUGGGGAGGAGAACAUUGGCGGCAUCCAGAUUGAAGUGAUUCCCAUCAAGAAGAAUCUCCCGGCCGAGUUUGACGUCCGCUAUGAGAACAAGGAGCACAAGGUCGUCACCCGGACCUUCAACAUUGCCGAAAAGGGUCUCACCGCCGAGAGCACCUGGCUGGACGUCAAGAGGCUCAUCCGCGAUGAGUUUGACAUCGCCGUCGAGCAACAGCGUCUCAGCGAUCACGGGAAGCGCUCGGUCUUUGACAAGUACAGAAUCGACUUUUCUGACGAGACCAAGCUUGGCGACACCUACUUCCCACCCAACUUCGCGACCAUCAACGUCGUCCACGAUACACCAAUACGGGGUCGGAUGCGCAUGAUGGGAGCGGUCAAGGCCAAGGGGGCUCCUGGCGCCAACUCCGUGAUGAUGACCGAGUGCGCCAUGGCGAGGGCGGCACCGCCUCCGGAAGUCGAGGAGAUGGGUCUCGCGGCUGGCGGUCUCAUCACCCAGACGAUCGAGGCAGACAAGUACCCGGCCAAUGUCUGGGACGUUGAAGCCUCAGUGAUGAUGAACCUGCAGAUCCUGGACGUCAAGUCCUUCUGUGCCGUGACUGGACAGCCAGCCCCCGAUACCCCCGUCGAUGCCCAGUCGUACGCCAACCACGGCUACCCCUUCUUUGAGAUCUGGGGCGAGGAGAAGACGGGCAUCAAGGGCGACUUCUCCGAGGUGAAGAGCGUGGCGCAGAUCGAGGCCGAACGAGCCGAGGCAGCCGGCGAGGAAUACCAAAAGGAGGAGAGCGUGCCGGUGAGAAUAGUGCAGCUUGGCCCCUACCGAAGCACCUUUCGGCCUGUGGAGGUGCUCAAGAAGGAGCUCGAAGGGCUCCGGUUGGAGUGA